GGGGCAGCCCUGGCCACGCGUGGGGGAGGGGUCCCUGCCCCUGCUCAGAGGCUGCUCGCCCGCAGCUCUCGGAACUCUCCUCCUUCCACACGCAUUUUGUCUUCCCGUCCCCAACCCCCCAGCCAUCCCCACUCCCCCAAAGUCAGCAGUACCCUCCACUGCUUCCCAUCUCCAUGGCAACGGUGCAGGAGCCGGGCCUGGUGUGGGGGGGAGGGACCAGACCAGACAUUCUGGUUUCCGGUGCUGGGGUGGGAGGAGGGGGGAGUAAGGGGGAGACAGACCCUACUUGGAAGGGACCCGCUCCGUGAGGCACCCAUAGGGGAGAACCGCAGCACUUUGGAGGCCACCCUACACCGUGGGCCCCCAGAUCCUUGCCUCACCUCCUAGCUCGCUCCCCAGUCGCCCUCCGCACCCGCAGUGCCCCUCAGAGUCCCAGCAAUGCCAGGCCACCCACCCUGCAGCCUGGCCAGAGCUGCCCACAGGUCACUCGAGGUCUCCCACGCCCGACCACCGCCCACCAAGGCCAGCAGCCCACCGUCACUUGGACACUGCUCCCAGGCCAGCCUCCGGCUCAGGGUGCCCAAGGCCACUUCUCCUGGGCCCCUCGGGGACAUCCUAUGCAAGAUGCUCUGCCCUGUGCCACCCCCUACCCGGUGGCCCUGGCUCCCCUGGGGCAGCCGAUUCCCCAGCAGCCCUCUGCACAUUUAGGCAACCACACUUCUGUGAAGUCUCGGGGUUCUACUGGCUCUCGGGCACCUCCUGCCGCCCUAGGCUCACCACACCUCCGUCUCCUCCUUACUACAGCUCAGCCUUGUCUCCCCCAGGGUGAGCGGCCAGGCCCGGGCCAGGAGGGCAGGAUGCCGGUCGCUAGGUCCACCUGUCUGUCCUUAGCUAAUUUUAGCUGCAUUUUUCUGUGGCCUGACAAAGUGGGCCAGUAGCUCCCGCGGUGAUUGUGUGGUUUCUGGGACGUGGCCACGUUGGGUCAGCAGCAAAGUGGGGCGCAGGGGGGUGCGGGGCUGCGAACAGGGCCAAGGGCAGGCAAGGAGACAGGGGCUGGGAGCACCUCGAGAUGUGGGCAUGCGUGGGGUGCUGGUGCGGCAGGAGGGCCUGAGGGUGAGGCCUGAGGGUGUGCUCGCCGCCUUCCAGCCUGCCCAGAGCAGUGGGCGAGGCCACCCUUGACUGCUGCUGCUGAGUGGAGCCAGUGGCCUCCGCGGAGCCCCUGACUCGAAGUCUGACGCUGACCUCGGCCCCUGCAGCUCCCUGUGAUGCUGCCGUCCCCCACCGCCCCGUGGCCCCACGAUGACCCACAGCCCCGCGACAAGCGAGGACGAGGAACGCCACAGUGCCAGCGAGUGUCCCGAGGGGGGCUCAGCGUCCGACAGCUCCCCAGACGGGCCAGGGCGAGGCCUCCGGGGGACCCGGGGCCAGGGCAGUGGGGCACCUGGUAACCUGGCCUCGGCCCGAGGCCUCCAGGGCCGCUCCAUGUCUGUCCCUGACGACGCCCACUUCAGCAUGAUGGUCUUCAGGAUUGGCAUCCCGGACCUGCACCAGACAAAAUGCCUGCGCUUCAACCCCGAUGCCACCAUCUGGACAGCCAAGCAGCAGGUGCUCUGCGCCCUGAGCGAGAGCCUGCAGGACGUGCUCAACUACGGCCUCUUCCAGCCGGCCACCUCCGGCCGCGACGCCAACUUCCUGGAGGAGGAGCGGCUGCUACGGGAGUACCCCCAGUCCUUCGAGAAGGGGGUCCCCUACCUGGAGUUCCGAUACAAGACCCGAGUUUACAAACAGACCAACCUGGACGAGAAGCAGCUGGCCAAGCUGCACACGAAGACAGGGUUGAAGAAGUUCCUGGAGUAUGUGCAGCUCGGGACGUCUGACAAGGUGGCGCGACUGCUGGACAAGGGGCUGGACCCCAACUACCACGACUCGGAUUCGGGAGAGACCCCCUUGACUCUAGCGGCCCAGACUGAAGGCUCUGUAGAGGUGAUUCGAACUCUGUGCCUGGGUGGAGCCCACAUUGACUUCCGGGCCCGGGAUGGCAUGACAGCGCUGCACAAGGCCGCGUGUGCCCGACACUGCCUGGCGCUCACGGCACUCCUGGACCUCGGGGGAUCCCCCAACUACAAGGACCGCCGGGGCCUAACCCCUCUGUUCCACACCGCCAUGGUGGGGGGGGACCCCCGCUGCUGCGAGCUGCUUCUGUACAACAGAGCCCAGCUGGGCAUAGCAGACGAGAAUGGCUGGCAGGAGAUUCACCAGGCCUGUCAGCGGGGCCACUCUCAGCACCUGGAGCACCUGCUCUUCUACGGGGCUGAGCCUGGAGCCCAGAAUGCCUCGGGGAACACGGCCCUGCACAUCUGUGCUCUCUACAACAAGGAGACCUGCGCCAGGAUCCUCCUGUAUCGAGGGGCCAACAAGGAUGUGAAGAAUAAUAGCGGACAGACACCCUUUCAGGUGGCAGUGAUUGCUGGGAACUUCGAGCUAGGGGAGCUCAUCCGGAACCAUCGGGAGCAGGAUGUGGUGCCCUUUCAGGAGUCCCCAAAGUACGCGGCUCGGCGACGGGGACCCCCAGGGGCAGGGUUGACAGUGCCCCCUGCGCUGCUCAGGGCCAACAGCGACACCAGCAUGGCGCUGCCCGACUGGAUGGUGUUCUCUGCCCCGGGGCCCUCACCCUCCGGGGCCCCGGGCCCUACCUCAGGGCCCCAGGUCCAGUCACAGCCCUCAGCCCCCAGCACCAAGCUCAGCAGCGGGACCCUCCGAAGUGCCAGCAGCCCUCGGGGCGCCAGGGCCCGGUCCCCAUCCCGAGGGAGGCACCCCGAGGAUGCCAAGAGGCAACCCCGAGGACGGCCCAGCUCCAGCGGGACGCCCCGGGAAGGGCCUGCCGGGGGAACGGGGGGCUCCGGGGGUCCUGGGGGCUCCCUGGGCAGCCGAGGCCGAAGGAGGAAACUCUACUCAGCAGUCCCUGGACGCUCCUUCAUGGCUGUGAAGUCGUACCAGGCCCAAGGCGAGGGCGAGAUCUCCCUGAGCAAGGGCGAGAAGAUCAAAGUGCUCAGCAUCGGGGAAGGAGGCUUCUGGGAAGGGCAGGUCAAAGGUCGAGUAGGCUGGUUCCCCUCUGACUGCCUGGAAGAGGUGGCAAACCGCUCCCAGGAGGGAAAGCAAGAGAGCCGCAGCGACAAGGCAAAGAGACUCUUCCGACAUUAUACCGUGGGCUCCUACGACAGCUUCGAUGCCCCAAGCGAUUACAUCAUUAAGGAGAAAACAGUCUUGCUGCAGAAGAGGGACAGCGAGGGGUUUGGGUUCGUGCUCCGGGGGGCCAAGGCGCAGACCCCCAUCGAGGAGUUCACCCCUACCCCGGCCUUCCCGGCGCUGCAGUACCUCGAGUCCGUGGACGAGGGGGGCGUGGCAUGGCGGGCUGGACUGCGAAUGGGAGACUUCCUCAUCGAGGUGAACGGGCAGAAUGUGGUGAAGGUCGGCCACCGCCAGGUGGUGAACAUGAUCCGCCAAGGGGGCAACACGCUCAUGGUGAAGGUGGUGAUGGUCACCAGGCACCCGGACAUGGACGAGGCCGUCCACAAGAAAGCACCCCAGCAGGCGAAGCGGCUCCCGCCCCCAGCGAUCUCCCUGCGCUCCAAGUCAAUGACCUCCGAGCUGGAGGAAAUGGUCUCCCCCUGGAGGAAGAAGAGCGAGUAUGAGCAACCUCCUACGCCGGUGCCCAGCAUGGAGAAAAAGCGGACAGUGUAUCAGAUGGCUCUCAACAAACUGGACGAGAUACUGGCUGCAGCCCAGCAGACUAUCAGCGCGAGCGAGAGCCCUGCGCCGGGAGGCCUGGCGUCCCUGGGCAAGCACCGGCCCAAAGGCUUUUUCGCCACCGAGUCAAGCUUCGAUCCCCAUCACCGCUCCCAGCCAAGUUACGAGCGCCCUUCCUUCCUGCCUCCUGGACCUGGGCUCAUGCUCCGACAAAAAUCUAUCGGGGCUGCAGAGGAUGACAGACCGUACCUAGCACCCCCAGCCAUGAAGUUCAGCCGCAGCCUGUCUGUGCCGGGCUCGGAGGACAUCCCCCCGCCGCCCACCACGUCCCCACCAGAGCCCCCGUACAGCACACCCCCGGCCCCCUCCUCCUCGGGCCGCCUCACCCCGUCCCCGCGGGGAGGCCCCUUCAACCCCGGCUCCGGGGGACCCCUCCCCGCCUCCUCCCCAGCGUCCUUUGACGGCCCCUCCCCUCCCGACACGCGCGUGGGGGGCCGGGACAAGAGCCUGUACCACGGUGGCCCCUUGCCCCCUGCGCACCACCACCACCACCACCACCACCACCACCACGCGCACCCGCCGCACCCGCCCGAGAUGGAGACGGGCGCCCCCGACGACGCCCCGCCACGCCUGGCUCUGGGGCCCCAGCCCAGCCUGCGGGGCUGGAGGGGCGGCGGGCCCAGCCCGAGCCCGGGGGCGCCCUCACCGUCGCACCACGCGGGGGCUGGCGCCGGGGGCGCCCCGCAAGCCCCGGCCCUGCGCUACUUCCAGCUGCCGCCGCGCGCCGCUAGCGCCGCCAUGUACGUGCCCGCGCGCUCCGGCCGCGGCCGCAAGGGGCCGCUGGUCAAGCAGACCAAGGUGGAGGGCGAGCCGCACAAGGGCGCCCUGCCUCCCGCCGCGCCCGGGUCCCCCGCGUCGCCGCAGCCGCUGCCCCCCGCGCCCGCGCCGGCCGAGAAGAACUCCAUCCCCAUCCCCACCAUCAUCAUCAAGGCUCCGUCCACCAGCAGCAGCGGCCGCAGCAGCCAGGGCAGCAGCACCGAGGCCGAGCCGCCCACCCAGCCCGAGACCCCCGCAGGCGGCGGGGGCUCGUCAUCCAGCCCAGCGCCGCCCCUGUCGCCCGUGCCGCCCUCGCCGUCGCCCGUGCCCACGCCCGCGUCGCCCAGCGGCCCGGCCACCCUGGACUUCACCAGCCAGUUCGGGGCGGCGCUGGUGGGCGCGGCGCGCAGGGAUGGCGGCUGGCAGAACGAGGCCCGCCGGCGCUCCACGCUCUUCCUUUCCACGGACGCGGGAGACGAGGAAGGCGGCGAAGGCGGGCUGGGCGCCGGGGCCACCCCGGGCCCGCGGCUGCGCCACUCCAAGUCCAUCGACGAGGGCAUGUUCUCCGCCGAGCCCUACCUCCGCCUGGAGUCUGCGGGCGGCUCGGGGAGCUCCGGCUACGCGGGCUACUCGGCGGGCGCACGCGCCUACGCGGGCAGCGGGGCCAGCAGCGCCUUCUCCAGCUUCCUGCCCCCGCGGCCCCUGCUGCACCCGCUCACCGGCAAGGCCCUGGACCCGGCCUCCCCGCUCGGGCUGGCGCUGGCCGCCCGUGAGCGCGCGCUGAAGGAGUCCUCAGAGGGCGGCGGCGCCCCCCAGCCCCCGCCCCGCCCCCCCUCGCCCCGCUACGACGCGCCGCCGCCCACCCCGCAUCACCACUCGCCCCACGCGCACCACGAGCCCGUGCUGCGCCUCUGGGGGGCGCCGCCGCCCGACCCCCCGCGCCGGGAGCUGGGCUACCGAGCGGGGCUGGGCGGGCCAGAGAAGCCGCUCCCCGCCAGCCCACCCGCCGCGCGGCGCUCGCUGCUGCACCGCCUGCCGCCCACGGCGCCCGGCGUGGGGCCCCUGCUGCUGCAGCUGGGGCCCGAGCCUCCCGCCCCACACCCCGGGGUCAGCAAGGCCUGGAGGUCUGGAGGCGCGGAGGAGCCUGAGCGGCUACCCCUCCACGUGCGCUUCCUCGAGAACUGUCAGCCGCGCGCCAGGCCGGCGGCGGUCUCCAGGGGGCCCUCGGCGGAGGAUGGGCCCGGGGUCCCGCCGCUCAGCCCGCGCCGCUCCGUGCCCGCCUGUCCCACGUCCCCGCGGGGCGGCGAGGAGAAUGGGCUCCCUCUGCUCGUGCUGCCGCCGCCGGCCCCGUCGGUGGACGCGGACGACGGUGACUUCCUCUUUGCGGAGCCGCUUCCCCCACCCCUCGAGUUUUCCAACAGCUUCGAGAAGCCGGAGUCGCCCCUCACGCCGGGCCCCCCCCAGCCGCUCCCGGACCCCCCUGCUCCAGUCACCCCCCUGCCCCCCGUGCCCCCCCCGGCGGCAGCCGCCCCUGGCCCGCCCGCCCUGGACUCCACUGCAUCCAGCCUGACGUCCUAUGACAGCGAGGUGGCCACGCUCACUCAGGGGCCCCCCGCGGCUCCCGGGGACCACCCCACCCCAGGCCCGCCGGCCCCAGCGGCCCCAGCGCCCCCCGCCCCGCAGCCGGGCCCAGAUCCGCCACCGGGCACGGACUCCGGGAUCGAGGAGGUGGACAGUCGCAGCAGCAGUGACCACCCCUUGGAGACCAUCAGCAGCGCGUCCACGCUGAGCAGCCUGUCUGCCGAGGGCGGGGGCGGGGUGGCCAGCGGGCCUGAGCUGCUGGACACCUACGUGGCCUACUUGGACGGCCAGGCCUUCGGGGGCAGCGGGCCGCCGUAUCCCCCGCAGCUCACGACUCCCUCGAAGCUCCGAGGCCGGGCGCUGGGGGCAGCCGGAGGCCUUCGACCCGGCCCCAGUGGCGGGCUCCGAGACCCUGUCACCCCCACCAGCCCCACGGUCUCUGUGACUGGGGCCGGAAACGACGGGCUGCUGGCCCUGAGCGCCUGUUCGGGGCCCUCUUCGGCAGGCGUGGCCGGGGGCCCGGUAUCGGUGGAGCCGGAAGUCCCCCCGGUGCCCUUGCCUGCCGCCGCCUCCCUGCCUCGGAAGCUACUGCCCUGGGAGGAGGGCCCGGGCCCGCCACCACCACCCCUGUCUGGGCCCCUGUCCCAGCCUCAGGCCUCCGCCUUGGCCACCGUCAAAGCCAGCAUCAUCAGCGAACUCAGCUCCAAGCUCCAGCAGUUCGGGGGCUCCUCAGCAGCUGGAGGGGCUCUGCCUUGGGCCCGGGGAGGCAGCGGGGGCACUGGGGACAGCCACCACGGUGGAGCCGGCUACGUCCCCGAGAGGACCUCCUCCCUGCAGCGGCAGAGGCUCUCCGACGACUCCCAGUCCUCGCUCCUCCCCAAGCCCGUGGGCAGCCUGUUUCAGAACUGGCCCAAGCCACCUCUGCCGCCACUCCCCACUGGAUCCGGGGUGUCGCCUUCAGCCACUGCACCCCCGGGGGCCAUCUCACCUUCUGCUUCCUCCUCCUCCACCUCCUCCCGCCACCUCCAGGGCGUAGAGUUCGAGAUGCGGCCCCCCCUGCUCCGCCGGGCCCCCAGCCCCUCGCUGCUGCCCGCCUCGGAGCACAAGGUCAGCCCAGCACCCAGGCCCUCGUCCCUGCCCAUCCUGCCUUCAGGCCCUCUCUACCCGGGCCUCUUCGACAUCCGCGGCUCCCCCACCGGUGGGGCGGGGGGCUCCGCGGACCCCUUCGCCCCUGUCUUCGUGCCGCCGCACGCGGGGAUGUCCGGGGGCCUGGGAGGAGCCUUGUCGGGGGCCUCUCGCUCCCUGUCGCCCACCCGCCUGCUGUCGCUGCCCCCGGACAAACCGUUUGGCGCCAAACCUCUGGGCUUCUGGACCAAGUUCGAUGUGGCCGACUGGCUAGAGUGGCUGGGCCUGGCCGAGCACCGGGCCCGCUUCCUGGACCACGAGAUCGACGGCUCCCACCUGCCCGCCUUGACCAAGGAGGACUAUGUGGACCUGGGGGUCACCAGGGUGGGCCACCGCAUGAACAUCGACCGGGCUCUCAAGUUUUUCCUGGAGAGGUGAUGGCUGGCCUGGACGGACCGGCCGUCCACAGAACCCUGCCGCCAGCGCCUCUCACCUCCCGUUCUCGCCGGGCAGGGACUCUGCCGGAACUGCGCCCUGCCCUGUCUCCCGAGGCCUGAGGUCACCAGGUGGCCCCAUCCGGGCCGGACACUUGCACCUCACAGGAGGGGGCGGCUGACACAGGACUUCGAGUGACGUGUGGGGAGCGGCGGGAGGGGACGGAGGAAUCGCCGGGACUGAGGAGGAGGAAGGGUCGAUCCUGGGGGAGGGGACAGACAGAGCCAUAGAGGGCCAGCCCUGAGCCUGACCGGAUGGGGGCGACCCCAGGCCGCAGGGGAGGGGUGCCCUCACAUUCCACCACCUGCGCCCCUCUAGCAGCCUUCCCGCCUCCCCAGGCCCCUCCGCCCCUUUGCCCGCCCGCUCCCCAGCACACAGCUGCCCUCCCCCGCCUCUGCUCGCUCGGCUCCGUUGCACGCCUGCUCGCCCUCUCCUCCCCUCAGCUGCAGCUUUGCACAAAUCUGCCCUCACUGUCUCCGCACACUCCGCCUUCCCGCCCGCCCAGCUCGGCUUUCCUUGCACAUGUUUCUUUCCUCAUGCCUCCACUCCUCCGGCACACCCCUUCUCCUGGGGCCCCCUCAUGCAGUCUCCAGACCGCCCUCCGCUCACGCCGGUCCCGUGAUGCAGACACACGCGGGACCCAGCUUGCGGGGCCCCCCAGCCCCCCGCCGCGGCCUGGACCUGCGCAUUCCCUCCCCAGGGACCCUGUCUUUGCUCAGCUCUCGUGCGCUCGCUGUCGUCUGCUCCCCCGAGAUACGCGCACCUCCAUCCUCCUACACGGAGGUGCUUUCCCCUCUGAUCAUGAACCCCACAUUCUCGCUCUGCUCACAGUGACCCCUGCCCUCUUGCACUGUCACUUUGGCCACUCGCCCCUGCGGAACUGCUGCUCACAGCCGCACGGCCCAUCUCCACCCUCUCCCACACGCACCUUCCCCAGCGCGCUCCCUGACGGAUCCCCGGGGCCCUCUUUCCUUUUGUAACGCACCCAGACAUUGCUGCACACUCCCCGCUUUCUGCUAACUCCUCGGCGACUUCCCCACCUGCCCCGAGGCCCCACCCCUCCUGGGCACGCUCGCCCUUCCCACGUGCACUGGGGCUGCGCUGCCGUCUGCCCCGAUGCCCGCCUCUUCCCACCUAGCUCCCAGCUCACCAGGCUUCUUCUCUCCUCCGCUCACCUGCCACGUCCUCCCCGGGCCAUCUUCCCACCCAUUUUGCACGAGGAGCCCCUUCUGGCCUUUCCUCCCCUCCCAGACCCCCCCUCCCUCCAGCAUGGCCGCUCCGUCCCGCACGCUGCCCCUACCCCUUAUUCCUGGGGCUUGGGAAUUUUAAAGCCACCUCUCCCCCUUGGAAGCCCCUUCCCCUGCUGCGGGUAAAGGGGGGAGGGCACUGCCCUCAGGUUCCCCCCAUGUUCAGCUGCCAAAGAAGGGCGCUCCCCCUCCUUCCCCACGCCCAUCCCCCUCUGCUGCCCCUACCCCCACGGUGGGGGGAGGCGCUCCGUCCACGAGGGGAGGGGCAGCCCUCCCCUCACCAUGUCAGGGAUCUGCGGGGAACCUUGUGGGAGGGUCGCGGGAGGGGGGAGGGGUGGCAGGACAGAAGCAGAGGUCGUGCGCUGGGCCCCUACCCGCCCCCUCCCCCUCCCCCUGGUCGGAUGCCCCCAGUCCGCAGGGGGCCUGCGCGGCG